CUCAGGUGACCAGAGACCAGGCCGGCGUCUGUCUCCGGAGCCGGCAGCUCCUCCCCAGCCUGGCCAAGGCAACUAGUGGCACAGCAAUGAUCCAGAAUGUGGGCUGUCACCUGCGAAGGGGCCUGGCCUCCGUGUUCUCAAGCCGCACAUCCAGGAAGUCAAUCCCACGUGCAGAGGAAGAGGACACCAUGGUGGAGGGUGAGGGGUACCGGAAUCCCACAGAGGUGCAGAUGAGCCAGUUGGUGCUUCCCUGCCACACCAACCAGCGCAGCGAGCUGAGUAUUGGGCAGCUGCUCAAGUGGAUUGACACCACGGCCUGCCUCUCAGCGGAGAGGCAUGCCGGCUGCCCCUGUGUCACAGCCUCCAUGGAUGACAUCUAUUUUGAGCACACUAUUAGUGUUGGCCAAGUGGUGAAUAUCAAAGCCAAGGUGAACCGAGCUUUCAACUCCAGCAUGGAGGUGGGCAUCCAGGUGACCUCCGAGGACCUGUGCUCUGAGAAGCAGUGGAGUGUAUGUAAGGCCCUGGCCACCUUUGUGGCCCAUCGGGAGCUCUCCAAGGUGAAGCUGAAACAGGUCAUACCAAGGACAGAGGAGGAAAAGACUGAACAUGGUGUAGCAGCUGAGCGCAGGCGCAUGAGGCUGGUCUAUGCGGACACCAUCAAGGACCUGCUGGCCCAUUGUGCCAUCCAAGAUGAUGUGGGCAGCAGAGACUGCAGUCACAUGGUGCCAGCAGAGAAAACGCGUGUAGAGAGCGUGGAGCUGGUCUUGCCUCCCCAUGCCAAUCAUCAGGGAAACACCUUUGGGGGCCAGAUCAUGGCCUGGAUGGAGAAUGUGGCCACCAUUGCAGCCAGCCGACUCUGCCGGGGCCACCCAACGCUGAAGGCCAUCGAGAUGUUCCACUUCCGAGGCCCCUCCCAGGUCGGGGACCGACUGGUGCUCAAGGCCAUUGUGAACAACGCCUUCAAGCACAGCAUGGAGGUGGGUGUGUGUGUGGAGGCCUACCGCCAGGAGGCUGAGAGCCAUCGGCGACACAUCAACAGUGCCUUCAUGACCUUUGUAGUCCUGGGCCCUGAUGACCAGCCUCUGAAGCUACCCUGGAUUAAGCCCCAGCCUGGGGAGGGUGAGCGUCGAUACCGAGAGGCCAGUGCCAGGAAGAAGAUCCGCCUGGACAGGAAGUACAUUGUGUCCUGUAAGCAGGCGGAGGUGCCUCUCUCUGUCCCCUGGGACCCAAGCAACCAGGUCUACCUGAGCUACAACAACGUGUCCUCACUCAAGAUGCUUGUGGCUAAGGAAAACUGGGUUCUGUCCUCGGAGAGUGGUCAGGUCUGUCUGUACACCCUGGAGGAGGAUAAGUUCUUCUCCUUCCACAUGGAGAUGGUGGUGCAGGUAGAUGCAGCCCAGGCUUUCUUACUGCUCUCUGACCUGCGAAGGAGGCCAGAGUGGGACAAACACUACCGGAAUGUGGAGCUGGUGCAGCAGGUGGAUGAGGACGACGCCAUCUACCACGUCAUCAGCCCUGCUCUCGGUGGGGACAUCAAGCCCCGGGACUUUGUGAUCCUGGCCUCGCGGCGGAAGCCCUGUGACAAUGGAGACCCCUAUGUCAUUGCACUGAGGUCAGUCACACUGCCCACACAUCGGGAGACUCCAGAGUACCAGCGUGGGGAGACCCUCUGCUCCGGCUUCUGCCUCUGGCGUGAGGGGGACCAGUUGACUAAGGUAUCCUACUAUAGCCAGGCCAUCCCUGGACUUCUCAACUAUGUGACCACCAACGUGGCUGGCCUCUCCUCAGAAUUCUAUACCACUUUCAAGGCUUGCGAGCAUUUUCUCUUGGACAAUCGUAAUGACCUGGCCCCCAGCCUCCAGACUCUCUAGGUACUUGCUCCAUUGGCCCCAAGGACUCACAGUGUGUAGAAAAAAAAGCAGAGGUAUUUA